GUGUUCCUCUUCUGUUUUCCUGCAACUCUCCUCAUCCUUUUUUUCUCUCUCUGUCCUUCUUGUAUCCUGUUUACGUACGAAUUUCUUUUAGUUAGAUCGUUUUUAACCUCAGAGGAAAAACUAUUGUUCUGUUGAAAGAAUGACUAGCAUCGACGUUGACGCUCUUUUAGAGGAGUCUUUUGAAAAUAGGAAAGACAAACCUGCUGUAAAUAAAGAUUUAAACAAACAAGAUGAAAAAACCACCCAUCUCUCGGAUAUUAAAGAAAAAAAAAGAAAAAAACAAAAUGGUUCGGCUUCUUCUCGCUCGCCUUCUCGUUCUCGCCACUCUUCUUCCUCGCCUCGACGAAGAAGCCAUAAAAAGCGCUCCAAGUCAAGAAGCCGAAGCCGCUCCCGCCGCCGAAGUGGACACAAAAGUAAAGGAAGAGAUCACGAUCGAGAUCGUCGUCGUGACCGAGACCGAGACCGCCAUCGUGAGAGAGUUAUUUCCGAUCGCGAAAAAGAGCGCGACGUCGAAAGGAAAAAGCGGGAAGAAGAACGAAGAAAAGAAAUUGAACACGAUCAAAAAAUUCAAGAAUAUUUAGAUAGUUUAAAUGAAGAAGAAGCCGCCGCGUUAGAGCGGGAGAGGGCGAUGCUUUCAGUGCUGGUUACCCUUUUACCUCCGAAACUGCGUAAUCGGGAACUAAUGGAGUUUUUUGAAGAGAAUAAUUGCGGAUUAGUCCGCGAUGCAAGAAUCAUCGCAGACAGAAAUACUCGAAAAUCUAAAGGAUAUGCGUAUGUCGAGUUUUUAACUAAAGAGUCGGUCAAUGCCGCGAUUGCUCUAACGGGCCAAAAACUUAACGGGAAGCGAAUUGUCGUUCAGUAUUCUCAUGCGGAAAAAAACACACAAUCUAAUCAGAUAUCUACUGUGGGCCCCAAACGAAUUUACGUUGGAAAUUUGAAUCCUAAUCUCGAUGAAACCCAUGUGGCAAAAAUAUUUACUGUUUUUGGCGAGGUGGAUCAAGUAAAUCUCAUUCGCGAUAAAGAAACCACGCAGUCGACUGGCUCAGCGUUUGUCACUUUUAAAAAAUCGGAAUCGGCGCAAAUUGCCAUUGAAGCUCUAAACGGGCAGCUCUUUCAAGGUCGUCCCUUAAAAGUCACGUGGCCUGUCAAAUCGGAUCUGAAGGAACGUGAAGGGCUUGAUGAUUCUAGCAAUGUUGGCGUGCAAAUGAACGCCGCGCAAGUCACCCAGUUGAUGACGAAGUAUUCCGCCAGCAAGGAUCUCGCGAAUUCUGCUCACACCGUCCCAUUUGUCCCUGUGCCGUCCUCGUUCGCGCCGGCCGUUCCCGUUUUGACCAACUGCAUUUGUCUGUCCAAUAUGUUUGAUUUGAAUUGUCCGUUAGAAGAAGAUUGGGAAGUCGAUUUGAAGGAUGACGUUACCAGCGAAGCCGAAAAAUACGGCAAGCUGUUGCACAUUUACGUCGAUAAAAGUUCUUUAGAGGGUCACGUUUAUUUGAAGUUUGCUACUACUGAAUCUGCUAUGAAUGCCAGUAAGGCGAUGGAUGGAAGAUUUUUUGAUGGGCGGGUCAUCAAGGUGGAGUAUCUCCAGCCGCAGCAGUACAGUGCAAAAUUUCCCGGCCAAUAAAUUUACUUCCGAUUUAAUUAUAUA